UACUUCCAAGAAACCAGCCUUCAACACUGGAGUGAUGCGAGAACAGACUCAGGCUUGGCGACGCAGCGCGAGAGACUCCCAGUUUGUGAAGGACCAGGUAAGAUAAAUUAUGACUCAGUUGUUCUGUUAAUGGCCUCCACCAAGAUUGCGGCAGUAAUUGCAGAGAUCCACGAAGUUUCCGAAAUCUCCAAGACUCAGACCAACAAGGAAUUGACAGGCUAUGCAGGCGUUUCUGAUUGGGGGAAAGAAGCUCUCGAGGCGCGUUCGGCGUUCCUCAACGCGAUGACUGUCAUCUGUGUCCUUGGAGCUGGCCUAAGCUACUCAUCCACAAUGAGUGCCCUAAGAGGAAACAUCUCGUACAUGUGCUAUUCAUUCGCCCUUUUUAUGAUCGGCCUAGUUGUUAUCACUUUAGUCCAAGUCGUGCUGACUUGGUGCAGUCAACGCUCAAAUUACCCCUUUGCAGCACCAUUCUUUUGGGAUUUCGUGAUCGACAUUCUACAGUGUGGGGCUUUUGCGACUGCUGCUGCAGCAAUCAUUCUCCUUAUGGUCUCCGUUCAAGUGCUCGUGGUUCCCAACAGUUCCACCAGUGAUGCGAUCCGAACUUUCUCGCCAAAACCAGCGGCAUAUGCGACAUACGCGGUAUGCAUACUUUGCUCCUGUUUACGGCUUACUCACAACCUUGCAGCUAUUUGGCACUAUUCUUAUUCUACUAAUCGUGGCUCUCUAUGUGUUUUGGUCCGCUAACGCUAACGGUUUCAAAUUCUUCUUGGCCCAGAGAUUCGUCCACCGCCGCCACAUGAGGACGAAAAGGCUAGAAGAUUUUGUCUCCUAUCCUGACUUUGAUGGAAUCUGACAUGUUACUAUGCACCCAAAUCACUAUCACCCCACCUGAUGUAUACCCCCCACUUUUGAAAACCCAACAUUUUAGAAUUCUACUACUGCCCUGUUUACACUACAAUAGUUAAUAAACCCAGCGACUGAGCGCA